AUAACGGUAUCCAUCAUGGCCCUAAUGCUCUUUGCUGGGUCUGGAUGCGCACGUGCCGCCACACUUCUCGUAUCCAACGAGAUGCAAACACAUUCUAAUAUUCCCGUUUUCGUCACGUGCCGCCCAACCCCUGAGCUGUCCAAAUCCGUACCUUUGGGUCAAAAGAUGUUGAUAGACAUCCCAAGCAUUGCCGGAGAUAAUGAAAAAGCGGAGGGAUCUACACAGUUGCCGCAUACGGAAUGUGUAGGAACGUUUUACACUAAGAAAAAUUCCGGACCUUACGGGAUGUGGUUCGUUUUGUACGAUUCAGAUAAAGAUUACUGCAAAGACUCGUGUUCCAUCGUUGUCAAAGACUAUGGAUUUUAUCGUUGGAACAAUAACAAGAAAACCUGGGAUCUCAUCCCUCCGAGGUUUUGGUUGAACUAGUAAAUCUUAUAUUUCCGUGUUUUUGUUAUAUUUCCGGAUUCGAUCUAUAUAAAUUUGCGUAUGACAACAUUACUCCAUUGUGUUCUUAAACUGAGAUUCCAUGAAAUUUUACAUUUAAAUUAAAUUCA